AUGAACCGCACCUCUGACCUGACUACCGAUAUCUCUUGCAUGAUGCUCAGCUCCGUCUCCCGGUACAUCGUCGCCUCCACUCUCGCCGGCAUCUGGCAUGCCUUUAUGCGCCCGAGGAGCGUGUGCACCGUUGUAGAUUGCACAAGCUGUGUUCCUGUGGCGUUGUCGCCCUUCUUGUUGGACUCGGCAUCGAGAUUCAACUCCCGAACCAUGUACUUCACGUAUGCGCGAAGCCAGGACUUGUGCUACGCGGCGGACGCUCGUCGUUUUCGUCAUCGCUUUCCUCCUCCUCCUCCUCCUCCUCCUCCUCCUCCUCCUCCUCCUCCUCCUCCCCCCCAUCCUCCUCCUCAUCGACCUCAACCUGGUUUCCAGAGCCGGCCGGUGCCGACGAAGUUCCUGGCCGUCCAUUUCGCGCCGGAUUCAGUUUUUUAUUUGUCGGAAACUUGGUCUUUUUCUAGUGCCAGCCCCUCCCACCUUGUCCCUCCCUUCUCUGUAUCCCCUCUCCCUCUGUCUCACCCCAUCAAGUUCCUCAACUCUCUCUUCAUGCGUUGGGUGGCUACCCCUGCCUUUCCCUCUGUAAGCUCCUGGCUCAUGGGCUUCCCUCAGAGUCUCCCUAGCUCGGCUGACUGCCUGAGAACACUGAGUGGGAACCUGCACAAAAGGACUUGCUGGGAUGGCUCCUCCGUGUCUAGUGCCAGCCCCUCCCACCUUGUCCCUCCCUUCUCUGUAUCCCCUCUCCCUCUGUCUCACCCCAUCAAGUUCCUCAACUCUCUCUUCAUGCGUUGGGUGGCUACCCCUGCCUUUCCCUCUUGCCCCCUCCUUGGCGCUAACUCUCGCUCUGGCAUCCUCGGGUCCCCUCUCCUGGCUUGUCUUUUCCGUCUCCGUCUCCCCGUCGGGUGGCAGUACUCCUUGGUCUGUAGCCGUACUCCCGGCUUCCACAGCCAUGCAGGCCCAUCCUUCCAAGAUACGUGCUUCCUGUUGCUCUUCUAUGGCUCUCAGCUGGCGUUUCCGCUCCUCUGUCUCCUCUUCCUCUCGGUACAGCUCAUUGACUUCAAUACCCCGUUGGAGCUCUGUCCUCUUUAG